GUCGGCGCUCAGCGACGACGCUUUUGCUUCCAAUUUACAAACGAGCUCGGUAUGUUCGAGCAACGGCGCGCAAAUGAAAACGCGCGGUACUAAUGGUACUGGUGACAAAUUCUACUACGAUAAAACCUGAAGAGUCGUUGCAUUACUUAUUAUCGUAAUUGUUUUCUGUACGGUAAUGCAAUUUUUAAAAAGAAAGUGUCGGUGUCUUAUUUCUUCAAAACGUCGUCGUUUAGCGAAAUUUAUUUUUUAAAAAAGAUUAUUGUUUGUAGAAGAAAACCUCAGGUGAAACAAAAGUUUAUCGGUCGAAGAAAGCGACAAAGAAAGAAGAAAUGUGGAUUGCUCUAUAAAAAAUAAUAUAAAAUAUUUAAAAAAUAACUAAUAAAUAUAUCAUGUGAUAAAAGUGGAAUUAAGUAUUGACUUUAUUUAUUUAUUUAAAAUAUACCGGAUGUUCGACAGAUCUUGUGAUGUUUAUUUUGUUUCAUAGACGAAUUUUACAAAAUUUUCCUACUUAGCUUAAAGGAAAUUUAUAAUAUGAAAAGGAAGCUGUUGUAAAAGAUCCUAUUUGAUAAAUUAUUCAAUGAGAUCUCUUAUACAAUAAAUCUACUCUUAUUACGUGAAGAAAAAGACAAUUUUUUAAAUAAAAAAAUGUUAACAAUAAGCAGUGGGUCAAGACAACAUAAGGCUUUGUAAGGCUCAUCCGAGGAUCUAGUUAACGGGUGCGGCAUUUAUAUGGCAGUGACGAAGAGGUGUCUGUCAACGUGUUGAUGGUAACAGGUUCAGAUUAGUCUCUAGAACUAUUUGUAAAUGCUCCAUCUGCCACUGAAGCCUAACAUCAUCAAUUAAGAUCAUCAAAAUAUUUUCAAGACAAAAAUGUAUCAAAGUGACAAAUCUCAUAAUACGUUGGACAGUCGAUAUACAAAAGAAAAAAUAAAUUGACGAAACGCAAUAAAAAAUCAUUAAAUAAAAAAAGAGAUAUAUUUUUAUCUUUCACAUGAAUAUUUAAAGCUAUUUUACUCAGCGAAAAUUAAAGAGGAUUUGGAUUACGAAUCCCUCAUCACAAGAGUCAUGAAAAUCUUCAAAAGCGUCGGAUUCCACGCACAUACUCAUACAUACAUGAAAAUAGUUAUUGAGAUAAAUAAAACAACUAUAGAAAAAUAACAAAUAAAUAAUGAUUUGAAAAAAAAAAAAAAUUUAAAGUAGAAUUAUUUAUUUUCAAAUGACCAAAUAUCGCUCAUACAGCGAAAUGAAUAGCAUACACAAGUAUUACAAAAUAGUUAAAGGGAAUUUAUUCAAUUAUAUAAUUACCUAUAAAUAAAUAAAUAAGUGGAGGUUUAAUUAUAUUAACAUUGAACGCUGGUUGGCGGGUCCAAAAACGUAGGAUUAUACAAAUAAAUCGUGAGCGCGAGCGAAGCAACGUGCAAAUAUUAGGCUUUAACGUUUGUUAUCAACUAUAAAAUGGUCCAAUGGAAAAAUUAGUAAUUGAGGUCCAAAUUUUAGUGUCUUAGUCCUGAUAUAUUUGUGUAACUUUGAUGUAUUUUUUAUGAGUGUUUACUUGCCUCGCACAAUUUGACAGAAUACAACAGUGCGUGUUAAAUAAAUCAAUACUCAUAAAAUAUUUAAUCUAACAAAGAAGAUAAAAUAUAAUUUAAUACUACAUCUAAUAAUUCGGUGUGGAGUAAUUAAUCUAAAGUUCAAAUAUCAUUUAAUAUAUAAAUUUAUUUAUUUCUGUUUUUAUAUGAAACAUGAGUGGGAAACAUGAUUGAUAUCUGUCACGUGAAAUGGUGAACACUAAUCAGAUAAUUACUACUGACACAUAGUACAGGUGUAUUGUACCACAACGCCUUUAUCGACAGUUAUACAAUGUUGUAAUCACUGUAGGAACCAUAGCAAUGGCGAGUUCUAGUAGAUACAGCAGCUACAAUUGUCUUACUAGUUGGGAUAGCUACGAUAGGAUUCCAAGAGUUCGUGUUGAGUACUACGUAAAUGAAAAUACCUUCAAGGAACGCCUUCAGUUGUACUUUAUAAAAAACCAACGCUCAAGUUUGAGAAUACGAGUGGCUAACCUUUUCUUUAAACUUCUAACAUGUUUCCUUUAUAUAUUCAGAGUCAUUACAGACAACGUUCCUACAUUUGCAUCAUGCUACGGUUGUACACCAGGAAACAAAUCAGACAUUAUAGCAUCCCAAAUGCUGACAGAAGAAGAGUUUCAAGAGCAUUCAACUAUCAACUGGGACGCAAUUUUGUGGGUAAGGCGACCUGUAGAAUUGUGGGUGAUUCAAGUGAUCUUGGCAAUAGUAUCUUUGACAGAAGCACUUCUUCUCGCCUAUCUCGGUUACAAGGGUAAUGUAUGGCAGCAGUUACUUUCGUUCCAUUUUAUUCUGGAGUUGGUGAACACAAUACCAUUUGCAAUCACUAUUCUCUUCCCACCAAUGAGAAAUUUAUUCAUCCCAGUAUUUCUUAACUGUUGGCUGGCUAAGCACUCUCUGGAAAAUAUGUUCAAUGAUUUACACAGAGCAAUGCAAAGGUCUCAGUCGGCCUUAAGUCAGCAGCUAAUGAUUCUUAGUGUCACGUUAUUGUGCCUUGUUUUCACGAGUGUAUGUGGGAUUCAACACUUCCAGAGAGCAGGUCACAGACAGUUGAAUUUAUUUCAAAGCACGUACUUUGUGGUAGUAACAUUCUCUACUGUAGGAUAUGGAGACUUCGUGCCAGACAUUUGGCCUUCACAGCUUUAUAUGGUUUGCAUGAUAUGCGUCGCACUAUUAGUUCUACCGACUCAGUUCGAGCAAUUGGCUUUCACGUGGAUGGAACGGCAAAAACUUGGAGGAUCGUAUUCUUCGCAUCGAGCACAAAAUGAAAAGCACGUGGUAGUAUGCAGCACAACUUUACAAGCAGAUACGAUAAUGGACUUCUUGAAUGAGUUUUACGCGCAUCCAUUGCUUCAAGAUUAUUAUGUUGUGUUGUUAUCUCCAAUGGAAUUGGAUACCACCAUGAGGAUGAUACUUCAAGUUCCUAUUUGGGCUCAACGAGUUAUUUACAUACAAGGUUCAUGCUUAAAGGAUGGUGAUCUUGUUAGAGCACGAAUGAAUGAUGCUGAAGCAUGUUUCGUGCUUGCAGCAAGAAAUUAUGCUGACAAAACUGCCGCGGAUGAGCAUACGAUUUUACGAUCAUGGGCUGUCAAGGAUUAUGCACCAAAUGUACCCCAAUAUGUUCAGAUCUUCCGUCCGGAAAAUAAACUCCACGUGAAAUUUGCUGAGCAUGUUGUGUGCGAGGAUGAAUUAAAAUAUGCUAUUUUAGCGAAUAAUUGUACUUGUCCUGGUGCAUCAACGUUGGUGACAUUGUUACUCCACACAUCAAGGGGACAAGAGGGACAACAGUCACAGGAAGAAUGGCACCGACUUUAUGGAAAGUGUUCAGGCAACGAGAUUUAUCAUAUAACUCUAGGAGAUUCACGAUUCUUUGGUGAAUAUGAAGGUAAAUCUUUUACCUACGCGUCAUUUCACAGUCACCGGAAGUACGGUGUUGCCCUAGUAGCAGUAAGACCAGCAGAGUUACCAGAAUUUUACGAGGACACUAUUCUCUUGAAUCCUGGGCCAAGACACAUUAUGAAAAAAACAGACACGUGUUACUACAUGAGUAUAACAAAGGAAGAAAAUUCAGCAUUCGUAGUGGCAAAUAAUCAGACUGGAGGAGGCACCGAGCCGUCGCAGGUGGUAGUAGAGACGAAGAGUGAUGGUUCUGCUACGACAGGCGGUGGUAUUGGUAGUGGCGGUGCAUCAGGAAUAACAACAACAUCAACGUCUAUUACACCUACAACGACAUUGUCAGCGAGCGUAACAGCAGCAGCAGGAGGGAACGGUACAGCAAUUGGCAUUGGUGUGGCUCAGCACCGGAGAUGUUCGAAUGAUUUUAAAGUGUCGUGUAAUGCGGCACGUGCUGAGGAUGGUGAGCCGGUGUCACCGGGGAAGCCACGUAUCCACGUGCCUUUACCCGGAGCACCACCACCUCCUCAAGUUAUUUUGCAGGUUCUCCCUAGCACGACCACACUCCAACAUCACAACCUACUCGCAUCCGAUGUUCACCCUACGUACUUGGACCCAGCGAAUUUGACGGAUUCUAGACAAUGUUUGCGAGAAGCAGGAUCAACUCCACAAACUCCAAUCACUGGAAAUCACCUCGACGUGCCUCGUCCAAUGGACCCAAAUCUCAAUCUCUUAAGUCCUGAAAUAUUAAUGCAGAGAAGAGGUAGUAGAAGACCAAGUAUUCUUCCGGUUCCUGAUAUGCUGACUAGUUCAACACUUCAUCUUCCGGGUCAAGAGUCUCUAGAUCAUGAAGGAGAUGAAUCUGAGGAUGAAAUGGAUGACGAUGUAUCCUGGAGAUCACCUAGUGAAAAAAUUGCCUUUAAGGGGAUUGUAAAAGGGUUUCCCCCAGUUUCACCGUUUAUUGGAGUUUCGCCAACUUUAUGCUAUCUUUUAAAAGAAAAAAAACCAUUAUGUUGUCUUCAAUUAGCUCAGGUUUGUGAACAUUGUACUUAUCGUAAUGCACGAGAGUAUAAUUGGCAAAACAAAACAAUAAUUCUAGCGGCGGAUUAUGCAAGUAAUGGAAUUUAUAACUUCAUUAUUCCACUAAGAGCACAUUUUCGAUCAAAAACUUCAUUGAACCCGAUCAUCCUUCUAUUGGAGAAAAGACCGGUAAUUGCCUUUCUCGAUGCUAUCUCCUAUUUUCCUUUAGUUUAUUGGAUGCUUGGGUCGAUUGACUGUUUGGACGAUUUACUACGAGCUGGUAUUACACUUGCCGAAAAUGUCGUAGUUGUCAACAAAGAGCUUAAUAAUUCAGCUGAAGAAGACACUUUGGCUGACUGCAAUACUAUUGUUGCUGUGCAAACAAUGUUCAAGUUCUUUCCAAGUAUAAAGAGCAUUACUGAGUUAUCUCAAUCCAGCAAUAUGAGAUUUAUGCAAUUUCGAGCACAUGACAAAUACGCCCUUCAUCUCAGCAAAAUGGAAAAGGUACUCCUCAGAGCUUCUUCAAGUGACAACUACCCCGCUGAGCCUUCACUGGGCUCCCCGAGAGAAAAGGAGAGAGGAUCACACAUAUCGUACAUGUUCCGGCUACCAUUUGCUGCGGGCAGUGUGUUCAGUGCAUCAAUGUUGGACACUCUUCUAUAUCAAGCUUUUGUUAAAGAUUAUGUAAUAACAUUCGUCAGACUAUUGCUUGGAGUUGAUCAAGCUCCUGGCUCAGGAUUUUUGACUUCGAUGCAAAUAACGAAGGAAGACAUGUGGAUAAGAACGUAUGGAAGACUUUAUCAGAAGUUGUGUUCUACGACUUACGAAAUUCCAAUCGGUAUCUACCGGACACAGGACACGAGUCUAGCAGACACAUCGAACGGUGACUCUGAUGCUGAGAGCGAUACUGGUGUAGGGAGAAUUUACAAGAUACGUCGCUCUGCAGCAGCUUCUUGCCUAGCUAAUUGUGGAAGUCGAGAAAAAGGCACAUCAUCAUAUUCUGUGAGUCUUGCUGAUGAAGCUCGAGACAAUCAUGCUCAGCAGAUCGAGCGUGCUGAAAUCGCAAAUUUGGUACGAUCUAGAAUGGAGUCGUUAAAUCUUCCGAUUGCUGAUUAUGAUGAUGUUUCUGAGAAGAGAAACAGCUUAUCUUAUGUGAUAAUCAAUCCAAGCUGUGAUUUAAAAUUAGAGGAAGGAGACAUUGUUUAUCUAGUCCGACCUAGUCCAUUUUCUGCUCAGAAGACAUUCGAGCGACAUAAUUCUAGAAGAAAAAGCAACAUUAGUUUCUGUUCAGCUCAGUUAGUAGCACAAAUGAGCGCAGCAGUUCAGUCAGGUGCCACAAGUCGCCGGGGAUCGGGAAUUGGAUUGGGUAGGGCACCACCACUCAGUAGCACCAAGUCAAACUCACUCUCGUUACCGGACAGUCCCACCGUAGCCGGUAGUCUUCGCGGCCGUUCGAAUUCGUUACGCGUGGUAGAUGACAUCCUCCUAAGGCGAAGUAAUUCCCUUCGACAAGGAUUAACCACGCGACGAAAGAGCAGCCUGGAGGAUAUCGGCCUCGGUGCGUUGUCCCACCCAUCGAAUCAUAAUCCUAUUAAAAUUGCUUUGAAUGGGUCAAUCGGGUUGGAGGUUACGCCACCAGAAGAAGGAACACCAGUUGGUGGUGCGAGUAAUACUGGUAUUCUUGAUGUUGGCCUACCCUCCAUGCCGUCGUUGAGUCCUGGCCUCGGCGCUUCCCUUGGUGGUGGACCUCUCGGUGCUGGUCUCGGAGGUUCUCUUGGUGGUUUAUAUGAUCCUCCAUCUCUUCAAGGUUCUAAAGGCCUUGGAGCAUUUUCAUCACAACAAUCACAAGGUAUACCACCUGGUACGCAAGAUCCUCAACAUAUUCAGGGAACAAUCGUAUGAUAUAACCUUAUGUGGGGACGCAGACUUUCUAAUGUAAGAAUAAUAGGAAAAAAUAAACGAGUGUAGCGUUCCCACACAGAGUUAUUAGAUUCUAGAUUAAGGGUCAAGUAUUCCAGGUUGCAUUUUUUUUUUUAAUGUUUACGCAGUAAAAAAUUAUUCGUAUUUAAAUUGAUUUUUAUAAAUAUAUUAAUUUAAGAAAUGAUCCGGAAGA